GGAAGGACCGGUGCGAGCGGGAUGGCUGCAGACAAGGGGGCUGGAAGCGCUGAAGCCGUGGAGCGGGUUCUACCCGUGUUGUUGGUGCCGGUCCCCGCCGAGGCAACAGGGCGGCUGGGAUCCCGGGCGCAGUUGCACAGGGAGCAGGAGGUUCUGGGGAGCCUGACGGCUGCAGGCAACCUUCACGUGCUUCCCUUGGCGCCCGGCGGCCGGGGCGGGGGCGGCUGCCUCCUGGAAGGCCCUUUUCGGCAGUUUGUAUGGGAGGACUCUCAUAACAGUGGGACACCAACAGACAAGCCCAGACUGCUUGCUCUUAGUGAAAAUAAUGAACUGCUCAUAUGUGAAUUUAAUUUGAAAGAUGGAAGUUGUGAUGCAACCAUUUCAUAUAGCUAUACUGAGGAGACAUUGCAAAAGCUCGUUGAAGAUCAAAUUAUCAGUAUUUCCUUAUUAUCUUUGAGAAUUCUGUCAUUUCACAGUAACACAUCAUUAUUGUUCAUCAAUGAAUAUAUCAUCCUGCACAUUAUAUUUCCUGAAAGAGAUGCUGAGAUUAGGGUACUCAACUGUUUCACGUUAUCCUUGCCUGCACAGGCAGUGGACAGGAUUAUUGACACACAGCUCUGCAGAGGAAUUCUUUUUGUUUUGAGUCGUUUAGGCUGGAUCUACAUUUUUGACACUGUGGAUGGUAGACAUGUAGCUCAUGUGGAUUUGGCACUUCCUCAAGAAGAUAUGUAUAACGAGCAGCAACAAGAGCCAGCCAAGAGUUCUUCCUUUACUUCACUGAAAGUGUCUCAAGACCUAGAUGUUGUAGUGAUUGUCAGCUCCUCCAACACUGCAAUUGCUCUUAACUUAAAUUUGUAUUUCAGGCAAUACCCAGGACACCUACUAUGUGAAAGAACACUAGAAGACAUUCCUAUUGAAGGCCCUAAGGGGAUAGAUGAAGAUGAUCCUGUUAAUUCUGACUACAACAUGAAACUGACCAAGUUUUCCUUCCAAGUUGAUCGGUCUUGGAAAGCCCAGCUGUCAUCACUGAAUGAAACAAUAAAGAACUCCAAGCUGGAAGGUACCUGUUGUGCUCCGUGGUUCCAGGAUAUUUUGCAUUUGGAGCCCCCUGAAUCUGGUAACCACAGUACCAGUGUGCGAAACUGGGCCUUCACUCCACAGGAUGUAAUGUGCAGCCAGUAUAGUUUUUCACAGAAAGGUCCUGCCAAGACCAGUGAUUCAGGAAGAUCAUGGAAAAGAAUACACAUCAGUGAACAGGAGGAACCCCUUGAGCUUACAUGUAUGUCUGUGACAGGCUUCACCGCGCUGUUUACUUGGGCAGUUGAAAGGACAGGCUGUACCAUUGUCCUGUGGGAUUUGGAGACCCAGAGCAUGCAGUGUUUUUCGCUGGGCAAGAAGUGUAUUCCUGUAGACAGUGGUGGAGACCAGCUGUGCCUUGUUUUGACAGAAGAUGGACUCUCUCUGAUUUUGUUUGGUUUGACUCAAGAGGAAUUUUUAAAUAGGCUAAUGAUCCAUGGAAGUGCCAGCACUGUGGACUCUCUUUGCCAUCUCAAUGGUUGGGGGAGGUGCUCCAUCCCCAUACAUGCGCUAGAGGCAGGAAUAGAAAAUCGUCAGCUGGACACAGUAGAUUUCUUUUUGAAGAGCAAGGAAAAUCUUUUGAGUCCAUCCUCAAACUCUUCUGUACCUGAUCAGUUUGAUCACUUUCCAUCCCAUUUAUAUUUAAAACAUGUGGAAGAGCUGACACCAGCAUUGGAUUUACUUUGCUCAGCAAUUAGAGAAAAUGAUUCUGAAACCCAGAGCAAACACUUUUCGGAACAAUUGCUUAAUCUUACACUGUCUUUCCUUAACAAACAAAUAAAGGAACUUUUUAUUCACAAUGAAGAGCUAGAUGAACAUCUACAGAAAGGAGUGAACAUUUUGACCAGCUACAUUAAUGAACUUCGAACCUUCAUGAUAAAGUUUCCUUGGAAGCUAACAGAUGCUGUAGAUGAAUAUGAUGUAAAUGAAAAUGUCCCCAAAGUAAAGGAGAGCAAUAUAUGGGAGAAGCUCAGCGUUGAGGAAGUUAUUGCCAAUGCCAUUUUAAACAACAAAAUACCAGAGGCACAAACUUUCUUCAGGAUUAACAGUCAUUCUGCUCAAAGACUCGAGGAAUUGAUUAGAAUAGGCCUAGAUUUGGUCUUUGACAAUUUGAAAAAGAAUAAUAUAAAGGAAGCCUCUGAGCUUUUGAAGAAUAUGGGCUUUAAUGUAAAAGACCAGUUGCUCAAGAUAUGCUUCUAUACAACUGAUAAAAACAUACGGGACUUUUUGGUUGAAAUUUUAAAAGAAAAAAAUUAUUUUUCUGAAAAAGAAAAGAGAACUAUAGACUUCGUGCAUCAAGUUGAGAAGUUUUAUUCAGGACAUUUCCAAGAAAAUAUGCAGAUCCAGUCUUUUUCCAGGUAUUCGAUAAAGGAACAAGAUUUUUUCAAGCACAAGUCUGUUUUGGACUCAUUCCUGAAAUAUGAUCAUAAAGAUACAGAUAAACUUAACAAGCAAGAUCACAGAAUUGUGUUAACUUGGGCUCAGUGGUGGAAUCAACUGACACAAGAAUCCAUCCUUCUCCCCAGGAUAAGUCCAGAAGAAUACAAAUCUUAUUCUCCCGAAGCCCUCUGGAGAUACCUCACAGCUCGCCAUGAUUGGUUCAGCAUUAUCUUGUGGAUUGGAGAAUUUCAGACCCGGAAUAGUUAUGCCUCACUUCAGCAGAACAAAUGGCCCCCUCUGACUGUUGAUGUUGUUGAUCAGAAUACUUGCUGCAACAACUACAUGAGAAAUGAAAUUUUAGAUACUCUGGCCAGGAAUGGAAUUUUUCUUACAUCUGAAUUAGAAGACUUUGAACUCUUUCUCAAAAGACUGAACCGUAUUGGGGGCGUGAUGCAAGAUACCCUCCCUGUUCAAAACUAUAGGUCCAAAGAUGGUUGGGAUUUCCAUUGUCACUUCAUUCUCUAUUGUUUGGAACACAGUCUGCAGUAUCUUCUUUAUGUCUUUCUUGACUACUACAAACUUAAUCCUCCAAAUUGUCCCUUUUUGGACAAAAAAGAAUUACAUGAAGCUCACCCUUGGUUUGAAUUUUUAGUUCAGUGUCGACAAGUUUCCAGUAAUUUAACAGAUCCCAAACUGAUCUUCCAGGCUAGCCUUGCAAAUGCUCAGAUACUGAUUCCCAGCAACCAGGCCAGUGUAAGCAGUAUGCUAUUGGAAGGACAUACCCUCCUGGCCCUUGCUACCACAAUGUAUGCCCCUGGGGGCGUCAGCCAGGUUGUUCAGAAUGAAGAAAAUGAGAACUGUGUGAAGAAAGUAGAUCCCCAGCUACUGAAGAUGGCAUUAACUCCUUACCCCAAGCUUAAAACUGCUCUCUUCCCACAGUACACUGCCCCUAGUGUCCUGCCACCAGAUAUUACACUCUACCACCUGAUUCAGUCAUUAUUGCCCUUUGAUCCUAGCAGAUUGUUUGGCUGGCAGUCUGCCAACACACUGACUAUAGGAGAUGCAGCGAGUCAGCUCCCACAUUUCUCUAGCCCUGACCUGGUUAAUAAAUAUGCUAUAGUGGAACGUCUGAAUUUUGCUUAUUAUUUACAUCAUGGACGACCAUCGUUUGCGUUUGGUACUUUUCUGGUUCAGGAAUUAACCAAGAGCAAGACCCCCAAGCAGCUGAUCCAGCAAGUAGGCAAUGAAGCCUAUGUUUUAGGGCUCUCCUCCUUCCACAUACCUUCAAUAGGAGCUGCCUGUGUUUGUUUCUUAGAACUGCUUGGCCUCGACAGCCUCAAGCUCAGAGUUGAUAUGAAAGUGGCCAAUAUAAUUUUGAGCUACACGCGUAGAAAUGAAGAUGCUCAGUACAACUUUAUCAGAGAGUCUCUAGCUGAAAAACUAUCUAAACUGGCUGUGGGUGAAAAGUCAACUAUAGAAGAAUUGCUUGUUCUCUUAGAAGAAGGUAUAUGGGACAGCAUUCAGCAGCAGGAAAUAAAGAGGUUAUCCAGUGAAUCCAGCAGCCAGUGGGCAUUAGUGGUACAAUUCUGCAGGCUCCACAAUCUGAAACUGAGCACAUCUUACCUUAGAGAAUGUGCCAAAGCAAAUGAUUGGUUACAGUUUAUUAUUCACAGCCAACUCCAUAAUUACCACCCAGAGGAGGUGAAAUCUCUUCUCCAGUAUUUCAGCCCUGUUCUUCAAGACCACUUAAGACUGGCUUUUGAGAACUUACCUUCGGUGUCCAAGUCUAGGAUGGACAGUGAUCAAGUCUGCAACAAGUCCCCACAGGAACUCCAAAGAAACAAAUUAGAGAUGACUGAUUUCUUUGAAAUUCUGCUUCAGUGCUCAGAGGUGCCAAACUCCUGGUGCUGGCUCCUGGCAGAAGCAGUGAAACAACAGGCCCCAAUCCUUAGUGUCCUGGCCUCAUGUGUCCAGGACGCCAGUGCUAUUCCUUGCCUCUGUGUUUGGAUCAUCACUUCUGUGGAGCACAGUGUUGCAGCGGAAGCAAUGGGACACAUUCAGGACUCAAUGGAGGGCCAUAUCUGGGACCUUGAGGACCUCUCAGUCAUCUGGAGGACGUUAUUAACACGGCAGAAGAGCAAAACUCUCAUCAGAGGUUUCCAGCUUUUCUUUAAGGAGUCCCCAUUACUAUUCAUGAUGGAGAUGUAUGAACUGUGUAUGUUCUUCAAGAAUUAUGAGGAAGCCGAAGCUAAACUUCUGGAGUUCCAGAAGAGCCUUGAAACUCUUGAAACGGCAGCCACAAGGGUCCAUGCUGUCAUUCCUGCCCCAUGGCUGAAGGAGCAUGUGUGUUUUCUUUUGAAGCUUAUGCUGCAGCAGUGUAGGACCCAGUAUGAGCUGGGGAAGCUUUUACAGCUGUUUGUUGGAAUAGAGCAUCUCUUCUCUGAUGGUAAGACAAUACUUACAGGUCCAGAUGUGAAGAAGCUGUGUGUCCUUAGCCAAAUUUUGAAGGAUACGUCCAUAGCCAUUAAUCGUGUAAUUAUUACCAGCUACAGCCUUGAGAAUUUUCAGCAUGAAUGUAGAUCAAUUUUAGAAAAACUGGAGACAGAAGGAUACUUUGCUUUGGCCAGGAGGGUAGCAGAACUAGCUGAGCUACCUGUGGACAACUUGGUUAUUGAAGAGAUAACACAGGAAAUGCAGACCUUAAAACACAUUGACCAGUGGUCCCUGAAACAAGCAAGAAUUGACUUCUGGAAAAAAUGUCAUGAGGAUUUUAAGAAAAAUUCCAUUUCAAGCAAAGCAGCUUCUUCGUUUUUCUCAGCCCAGGCUCUUACGGCAUGUGAGUGCCCAGCUGAAGAGGGACCAAGCAGCACUGAGGAGCGCCAUCUGCUGCUCACUCUGGCAGGACACUGGCUUGCCCAGGAAGACCUGGUGCCUUUGGAGGAGCUGGAGGAGCUAGAGAAGCAGACCUGGCUCUGCCGCAUCACCCAGCACACCCUCAGGGGAAACCAGGAGGAAAUAGACCCCAGAUGUUCUCAACAGAUUUCAACUAGUGGUGAACUUUCCUUUGAAAGCUUAGCCAGUGAAUUUUCAUUCUCUAAGUUGGCUGCUCUGAACACAUCAAAAUACUUAGAAUUUAAUGGCCUUCCAUCCAAAGACUCUUGUGAGAACAAACUGAAUUGGAAGGAGCAGGAGUCCCUAAACUUUUUGAUUGGGCGCCUAUUGGAUGAUGGCUGUGUGCAUGAAGCAAGUAGAGUAUGCCGAUAUUUUCAUUUCUAUAACCAAGAUGUUGCCUUGGUGUUGCAUUGCAGAGCACUAGCUUCAGGGGAAGCUAGUGUGGAUGACCUGCACCCGGAGAUCCAUGCUCUCUUACAAAGUGCUGAGCUGCUUGAGGAAGAAGAAGAACCUGGCAUUCCUCUAAGGAAAGUCCAAAGCACUUCAAGUUUGGAUAGUCAGUCAUUUGUGAUGCUGCCCCCCAGUGAUGAAGUGGUGACUACUCUGGAAACUCUGACAAGCAAAUGCCUCCAUGGGAAGAAUUAUUGCCGGCAGGUCCUCUGUCUCUAUGCACUUGCCAAGGAGUUGGGCUGUUCCUACACAGAUGUCGCUGCCCAGGAUGGUGAGGCCAUUCUCCGGGUAAUCUUGGCCUCUCAGCAGCCUGACCGAUGCAAGCGAGCUCAAGCCUUCAUCAGCACCCAGGGCCUUGAGCCAGACACAGUGGCUGAACUUGUGGCUGAAGAGGUGACCCGGGAGCUGCUGACCCCAUCAGAGGGAACAGGAGGACAUAAGCAGACGUUCACCCCAACAGAGGAAAGCCAGACGUUUCUUCAGCUGACUGCUGUGUGUCAGGACCGCACGUUGGUAGGCAUGAAGUUGUUGGAUAAGAUUUCCUCCAUUCCCCAUGGGGAGUUGUCUUGCACCACAGAGCUGCUGAUCCUGGCUCAUCACUGCUUCACACUGACAUGCCACAUGGAGGGCAUCAUCCGAGUCCUGCAGGCCGCCCGGCUGCUCACAGACAACCACUUGGCCCCCAGUGAGGAGUAUGGACUGGUGGUGCGUCUCCUCACUGGCAUUGGUAGGUACAAUGAGAUGACAUACAUAUUUGAUUUGCUGCAUAAAAAACACUACUUUGAAGUGCUGAUGAGGAAGAAGUUGGACCCGAGUGGUACCCUGAAGACGGCCCUACUGGACUACAUCAAACGCUGCCGCCCUGGGGACAGUGAGAAGCACAACAUGAUUGCCCUGUGUUUCAGCAUGUGCCGGGAGAUUGGGGAGAACCAUGAGGCAGCUGCCUGCAUCCAACUGAAAUUGAUUGAGUCUCAGCCCUGGGAGGACAGCCUCAAGGAUGGGCACCAACUGAAGCAGCUGCUGCUGAAGGCCCUGACUCUGAUGCUGGAUGCAGCAGAGAGUUAUGCCAAGGACUCCUGCGUGCGACAGGCCCUGCACUGUCACCGGCUCACCAAGUUGAUAACACUGCAGAUUCACUUUCUGAACACCGGCCAGAACACAAUGCUCAUCAACCUGGGCCGCCACAGGCUGAUGGACUGUAUCAUGGCCCUACCUCGGUUCUACCAGGCUUCUAUUGUGGCUGAGGCCUAUGACUUUGUUCCUGAUUGGGCUGAAAUUCUAUACCAACAAGUGAUUCUUAAAGGAGACUUUAAUUACUUGGAAGAAUUUAAGCAGCAAAGGUUAUUAAGAUCCAGUAUAUUUGAAGAAAUUUCAAUAAAAUGUAAACAUCAUCAGCCUACUGACUUAGUUGUGAAAAACCUGAAGAAGUUACUCACAUAUUGUGAAGAUGUCUACCUGUAUUACAAGCUGGCAUACGAACACAAAUUUUAUGACGUUGUAAAUGUGCUUCUGAAGGACCCUCAGACAGGUUGCUGUCUAAAGGACAUGCUAGCGGGUUAGCUGGAUUCAGAUGACAUGAGGAUGGUUACUGCCAAGAAUUCAUACGUGCCUGUUUUCUUAUACUGAAAUGAGGUACUGACAGAUGUUUGUGAUCAGAGAAAUGCCAUGGGGAUCUUUGAUGUCUGAUUGUAAAACCUCAGGACUGACCAUACCAGUCCUUUGUGAAUAGUGGGUGAAGAAGGAGAAUUUUCACAAGGAAAUUCCUAUUUGAAAAUAAUUAUUCAUCUAUACCAUUUUAUAUAGAUAUUGGUAUUAAGAUCAAAAGCUCCAUCUUCCUCAGGAUAGCUUCUACUUUAGGACAUGAUACAAUAUUUAGUAAAGAAUACCUGUGCCUGCAGAUUCCAGUUUCAAAGGAAUUUAAUAUUAUUUACACAGUUAAGGAACAGAUGAUACAUUUCCAUUUAUUAGAAACUGAUCUCUAUAAUAAAAUAGAUUUUAAAUUCAGUGUAUGUCAUUAUUACUGCUAAGGAAAUCUUAGCCCUUGUCUGCCUUAAAACAAUCUUUAUUGGUUAAAACAAUCUUUAUUGGCUGUAAUUAUUGCUGUGUAGUCACUGCUUUCUGUUAAUUCCUCAAAUCAUUUAGGUGGUCCUGUCUUCCACUUAGUGGUCUACAGAGCUUUGAUUGAGGAUCCUACUUCCUUUGUAAGAGAAAUUUAAAAUAUUUUUUGCUCUGUCCCUACUUUUGAUUCUGUGGCAGUUUCAAAAAAAGACUCCACAGAUUUGGUUAAAUUGCUUAAAAGAAAAUAUAUAAUAGAGACGAUCACCCUAUCUCUGCUUACAGCCACAACCUGAGUUACACGUUCAAUUACUCCAAAUAAAUAGUUCUUCUAGGUACUUAAUUAGGCCUUAGUAUCUAAACAACCAAACAAUUUCCCCAAAUAAAUAAGAGGAAGGCAGCUCUAUGCCUUUGUUGCUGUAGGGUGACACUAU